AACCCCCCAGAAGCGAUGGCCCAGCCCUACACCCCGGCGCAGUACCACCGCCCCCCCCCACAGAACGGCAUGCCGGCGGAGUUUGCGGCGGCGCACCCGCUCCCGGCGCAGGACUUCACAGGCCAGAGCCGGGUGCCGGAGCAUGCGCUCACCCUCUACACGCCCACACAGACGCACAGCGAGCCCGCCGGCAGCGACAGCAGUCCGCCCAUCAUCAGCGCCAAUCCCGCCAACGCCACUACAGACGACGUGACGCAAACAGAGGGCUCCCAGCAGCUCCAGCUCCAGCUCUCAGAUUCCUCAGAAAAGCAGCAGCCCAAGCGGCUCCACGUCUCCAACAUCCCCUUCCGUUUCCGGGACCCUGACCUGCGGCAGAUGUUCGGGCAAUUUGGCAAGAUCUUAGAUGUGGAGAUCAUCUUUAACGAGCGAGGAUCUAAGGGCUUUGGUUUUGUAACUUUUGAAACGAGCACAGAUGCUGAUCGCGCGCGGGAGAAACUAAACGGUACAAUCGUAGAAGGACGCAAAAUCGAGGUGAACAACGCAACAGCACGGGUGAUGACCAACAAAAAAGUGACAAACCCCUACACAAACGGCUGGAAGCUGAAUCCUGUAGUGGGCGCUGUCUAUGGUCCUGAACUCUACGCCGUAACUGGUUUUCCGUACCCAGCCACUGGGGCCACAGUUGCCUACCGGGGGGCCCACCUGAGAGGGCGGGGCAGGGCUGUGUACAACACCUUCCGCACGGCACCCCCACCCCCUCCCAUCCCCGCUUACGGAGCAGUGGUUUACCAGGAUGGCUUCUACGGAGCAGAGAUCUAUGGGGGCUAUGCUGCAUACAGAUAUGCUCAGCCCACCACUGCUGCAGCCUACAGUGACAGCUAUGGCAGAGUCUAUGCAACGCCGGACCCGUACCACCACACGAUCGGCCCGGCCACCACCUACAGCGUGGGGACCAUGGCUAGCCUUUACAGAGGAGGGUACAGUCGCUUCACUCCCUACUAAAGAGACAAAGAGAGAGAAAAAGAAACACAAAGACAUUACCCAGACUACAACAACCAAACAAAAACAAAACAAACAAAAAAAACACUCUCAAGAACAAAUAAAUAAAAACAAUCAAACAAGCCACUGUAUAAACAGCUCAUCCUGCGUGGAGUACUGAUUCAGACUAAAGCUUCCAGAUCAGAGGGCUGACCCUGUCCCCUCACCCCUUGCCUAAAUGAUUUUCCUCUUUGUGUCCAGAUGUCAGAUGUUUGUCUGUUGAUUGAUUUCACUACUUUUUUUUUUUUUAUUUUCCUCCUGUCUUUUCAAAUGUCUGUUCUUACUUCAUGUAAUGUGACGUGUUACUGAUGGGUUUGGAGGGACUGUAUAUAAACGUCCCCAUACUUGUGGACACCUUACUCUGUGUUACCAGUGUUGGUUUGUUUUUUUGUUUAGUUUUUUUUUAAUACUGUGAGUAAAUAUGCACAAUUAUUCUCCAUCAUUGCUCCUUCCUUUUCAAGAAGCAAUGAGCAUCAGUCUGAGCCAAAUCGAAUAUCACAUCAGUUUGUUGUUACACUAUAUCCUAGUCUCCAUCACCAACACUAAGCUAAUUUACGCGCUUUAAGGUUAGCCCCUCUCCCACUGCAGAGAAGAAAAGCUCCAUACCAUGAUACUAUCAAAGGCAGUGUUCCUCCCUGCUCCCCCCUCAUUGAUCACUGAGGGCAGGCUGUGUUAUUGACUCUAGGGUGCUUUGAGGCAUUAUACUCCCCCUCGUGUCCUGACUUGUAUCUGUAUUAAUUGACAUGUUGGGUUACAUGCAUGUCAUUGUAAAACAUCAGGAGGCGUUGAACCCUAUUGUGUGGUUCAUGGAAACUCAUGGUCUUAAGUUUAUGCAUCUAUUUAGCAAGUUUUCAGGAGUAACCGCUUUUCAGUCAUGCACAAAUGAUAUAGCUGUCCUACCUCAGGAUAACCCAAAGGAACAGUCGGAUGUUUCAUCUCUGUGAAGUGGUUGAAACAUUUAAAUGUGUUAUGGUCUUAAUAUCAGCCAGACUGGUUUAUUGCUGUAACAUGUCCAGUUUGCCACUGAGCACCAGUUCUGAUGGCAUUCAUUUACGAAUGAGCCAGUUAAAUGUUGGCCCCGACUUCAAGUGAAAUAACUCUCUGAUCACCUCAAGCAAGUCUGGUGCUCAACUCAACUCAACUGGCUGACUUUCAGACUGAAUCCAUUUUCUGUAAGGAUUCCACUGUAAGCGCCAUUUAGUUCUGACCAAGGCUUCAGUCUAGUCCAGGGAAGCAGCCCUGUGUCUAUGCAAAUAGGUCUCAGGAGAAAGAUCUUCAUUUAUUUAUUCACUUAACAUAACUUCCCCUUCGGUUCUUGUCUGGUCUCCUUUCUCAGGUCCGAAAUACGGGUUUACACUCUAAAUUCUGGGAAAGUGCAGACUUUGGUGGCAAUGGAGAGUUGUAUUUUUUUUUUUAUCUGAACAGAAACGUAAGGAUAAGUACAGGAAAGUCAAUCAAUACGGAGCUACGAGGGCCCAGUGGGGGGUGGGGGUAGUGUCGGUAACAGACUAAUUCAUUCUUGAGUCUAAUCGAUAUGGAGAAAACUGCUCAGCAAAUCAGCUCUUUUCCCUUAGCCAGAUAAAGAGUCCAUCCCUGUGCGCAUUAAGCCCCCCCCUGCCAGAUGUCAGGUCCACAUUCUCUCUGUGAGAAUCAGAUAGGAGCAGACAAACAUGUAAACACAUUUAAUUUUUUGGUACUGAUUACCAUCUAAUGUCAGGCCCAAGAAUAUUACUUAAAGAUGCAUUUUGCCAGAGGUGAUUACUUAUCACUUAUUUCUUACUACUUAUCAGUCAGUGUGCGAAACUGUAGCACGUACAGUAUAAGUUACUGUAUCAUAUUGAAAUGUGUCUGUCUGACUGCCUCAUAGUCUACAAAGAUUCUGGAUCGAAAGUCCUCAGACAACAUUUUACCCAUGUUUUAAUAGAACAUAUACUCUAGCCAGCAUUUCGUGUUUACUUGAGUUUUCUAGGGAGAGUUUGUGUAUGUGUGUGUGUGUGUGUGUUUCUAUGUGUGCGUUUGCGGUGUGCGUUAGCUCAUUAAUUUUAAGUGGCACAGCCCUUCUUGUCCACUUUAUUGUGCUGUGGCAGGGUGCAGCAGUGGCAGGGUUUUAAAGAGACGGCUGCUCCCACUUAAAAGCCCCCCGCAGAAUAAAGUCCAACUGUUGCAAACUUCCUUUAGCUAGCUCAGUUUUAUUCAAACCAGCACUCCCCGAAUGGCAGUGAGGGACCGAGAGCAAGAGCAAGACAGAGAAAGAGCUUCGCAGAAAAACAGGAAGAGGGAGUUUCAAGUAAAUUCUCCUGUAUGGUCAAAAGAAAGCUCAUUCUCUUUGAGUUCUCUGCGUUUUCUCUUUGUGUUCCAUCUCCUAAUGAUGCCAGCGGCUGCAGCUGUUACUCCAACGUCUCUUGCUCUUCUCUCCAAUCUCACAACUUCCCUCUUCAUGUGGAACAUUUACUGGAGACAGUGACUUCAUAAUUAGUGUCGGUGCCAGCUGCACUUUAAAAGGUUGCCUCUAUUUGCUCAAACGCGCCUGUUUGAUCUGGAUGUCAGACAGACUUAUGCACAACGCUUGGAGCGGCGUUCUAGAGUAAUUAGUCCAGACUGGAACCUUGGUUACUUCUGACAGGUUUGAAGCGUUCCCCUAAGCAACGGUCCUGUUCCCUUGAGAUGGGGGGUUAGCUUCCAGUUUCCUGCAAACAGCCGCAGUUCUGUCGGCUCGUCCUCCACUGAAAAUGCUGUACUGCUGUCCUCAAGGUUUGGAUGCUGCAGGAGAUGGUUAGAUUGUUUAGUUGCUUUGGAUUCGAUUAGUUGCUUUAUGCAGUAGGUCUUCUGUUUAUGCUUCAGUGAUGAAGCCACAUAUCUGUUGCUUGUCUUCCAUGAGAAUCCUUGAGUGGGAAGACUGAAGUUACAGUUGCCUCCCCUCUGUCAUGCAGCAACUCCACUCCCCCAGGCAGGCGUAGGAGCUUUCAUUUUAUUACUCUCUAUUUCACUAUACAUGGGCACUGCACAUUAAUACAGUACUGUGUGGAUAGCUGUUCACUCAGAACAGUGUAUUGGUUCAUGUUUUACCAUCAGAACAAAAUAUAAAAAAACAAAAACAAUAUGAUCACAUCCUUGUUGCUAGGUCUUCUUCUCAGCGUCUGUCUUUCUGCCUGUACACCUCCUAUAAUUUCUAACACUUGGCUACUGUCUGUUUACUAAGGCUAUCACAUGUAGUAUAGACAUGGGACUUUCUCAAUAGUUACUGUAAGUGUGGUAAACGUUUAGUUGAUGUUUAGUUCAUCAUGUGGAGUAUUGCUCUAGAGAGGGUCAACUGUGUAUGACAUGUGUCUUUAUUUAGACCGACCUUCAUGCAAAACUCCUCCUCCUCAUGUCCAAAUGAGAUGCUAACUGAGGUGCAUACAUACUGUGAAAUCUUUUCUCCUCUUACUGUACACAUUUUAUUCACUAACAUGUAACGUGACAUUGCAUAUUAACAUGACUAUAUAUAUAUAUAUAUAUAUAUUGCUACUUAAGAAAUUCAUCUUCCAAUGGUAUAAACUCUUUCUAAAGCCCUGGUAAGCAGGUAUUUCUUGCUUAAGCUUUAGACAGGCAAUUUAGCUGCCAAAUGCAGCUGCAGUUCAAAUGGAAUUUGGCAGCAGAAUUCCCUGACUAAAGCCCUGUGUUAGUCCACCUAAUUUGUACUAAAGCAAGAAGAAACAUGCAAAAAAUGACAACCUGUACAUAUAUAUACAUGUAUAUACACACAGUAUAUUCAGAUUCUCUAGAACAAGCUGUUUUAUAUGUUAUCAUAUCUAAAUCAAAAGUGGUUUGAUCUGUGCAUUUGCAAUUCUGCUAACAUUGUUCUAUGAAAUGUACUGUAAUUUCUUAAUCUGGUUUUGUCUGGAAGGUGUAAGUAACUUUUUCAUUUGACAUAUUUUAUUGGUACUGUGUAUAUUGCCCUUAUAUUCUGUUCAUUCCAAAUUGAAUUGAAUGUUAAUAUAUGUGACAUAUCUCCAUAAUCUCUGGGUGUUUUGGGUGUCAGAAUAAAACUAUUAUACAAA